AUGGCAACGAUUGCUACAAUGCCAGGUAUCAUAACAACGGUUGCUAUGGUACCAGGUUUCAUAGGAACGGUUGCUAUGGUAAAAGGUAUCAUAGCAAUGGUUUCUAUGGUCACAGGUUUUAUAGCAACGGUUACCGUGGCAACCGUUGCUACGAGAAACGAUUGGAACAAGAAGAGUAACAAGAUCAAAAGCAAGAGGAAGAACAAGAACAAAAAUAAAUAGAGGAACAAAAAUAAGAACAAGAGGAACAACAAGAAUAACAAGAACAAAAAUAAAGGAACAAAAAAAAAGAAAAGAAACGAAGGGAACAAGAAGAGUAACAAGAAUAACAAGAACAAAAUCAAGGAGAGGAACAAGAAGAGUAACAAGAAUAACAAGAACAAAAGAAGGAGAGGAACAAGAAGAGCAACAAGAAUAACAAAAAAACCAGAGGAACAAGAAAAAAGAAGAGAAACGAAGGGAACAAGAAGAGGAACAAGAAUAGCAAGAUCAAAAACAAGAAGAGAAACAAGAACAAAAAUAAGUAGAGGAACAAGAAGAACAAGAACAGAAAUGAAACAAAACAAGGAGAGGAACAAGAAGAGCAACAAGAAUAACAAAAAAAACCAGAGGAACAAGAAAAAAGAAGAGAAACGAAGGGAACAAAAAGAAUAACAAGAAUAGCAAGAUCAAAAACAAGAAGAGAAACAAGAACAAAAAUAA